AUGAGUUUUGGUUCAUUGCCUCUCGCACAGAAAUUUUAUGCAAACUAUGCAAAGAAAGUUGGGUUUGUUACUAAAAUCAGGAACACGAAUUUUGACAAGACGCGGAAGGAAUCAAAGAUACCGGUUAAUCAAUCUAUUUACUGCACGCGUGAAGGCUAUCGAGAGUCUAGGGUGAACGCAGCAACUCGAGCAAAUAGAAUUACAGCCACGAGAUGCAAAGCAAGGAUGUAUGUCGUGCUGGACAAUGAGAAUGAAUGUUGGGUUGUGUCUAGAUUAGAACUGAGGCAUUCUCACCCUUGUUCGACUGAGAAAUCUGUCCACUAUCAUGAGUAUCGGGAGCUUACCAUGCAUGCUAAGUGCGUCAUUACGGAUAACGACGAGGCUGGAAUAAGACCCAACAAGACGUAUCUAGCACUGGCAAACGAGGUUGGUGGGUCCGCAAACCUGGGUUUUUCAGAAAAGGAUGUCAGAAAUUACAUCACACGCAAUCUUCGAUGCUCCGAUGACAACGAGGACUUCCAGGGGAUGAUGAAUUAUUUUGUUCGAAUGAAGGAGAUCAAUCCCAACUUCUUCUAUGCAAUAGAUGUUGACGAUGCUAAUAAGUUUAGGAGCGCACUUUGGGUAGAUGCAAGGUGCAGGGCUUCGUAUGAAUAUUACGGAGAUGUGGUGUCGUUUGACACCACAUACAGAAGAAACAGGCAUGGUUUGCCGUUUGCAUCCUUUGUAGGUGUAAACCACCAUGGGAAGUCUACUUUUCUUGGCUGUGCUUUACUUGGGAGCGAGGAGAUCCCUAGUUUUGAGUGGGUGUUCACGCAUUGGGUGAGAUGCGUCGGAUCUGCACCAAGGGGGAUUAUCACUGACCAGUGCAAGGCGAUGACUGGAGCUAUUAGGAAUGUCCUACCUGACACUGUCCACCGAUGGUGCAUCUGGCACAUAAUGAAAAAAUCACAAUUCAAGCUUGGUGGAUAUGCUAGGUACGGAGAACUGCAUGCAGUGAUGAAUCACAUUGUGUGGAAUUCUCCUUCGACUGAAUCAUUCGAGUCUGAUUGGGCUGGUUUCAUCAAACAAUUCAAGUUAGGCCAAAACAGAUGCAUGCGUUCCAAUACUGCUGCUGCAUCUCAGAAUACCGUGCCCACACAGAGCACGGGCGGUGCGGUUGUACAUGACAUUCAGGGACCCUCAAGAGUCAAGACCAAAGGACGACCUAAGGGUAAGAGACUUGGAGCAGAGUUGGACAAGUCAAUUAAGAAAUCAAUGCAAAAAAGGAAUAGGAAAUCACACCCGGAUGAGGUUCACCUUCCGUCAGAUAAUGAUCAUCAUGGAUCCCUUAAUAAAAGAUGUAAGGAUUCUACUAUGUGGAACUCAUCGGAAGGUGGCGGAUUCAUGCACCUGUUGAAUUCCUUUAGGCAUAUAUAG